UUUUUCUUACAGUUUACCAACGUUUGAAUACUGUAGUGUCACCAGGGGGCAUGCACACAACAAUGCACUUCAGGAAAUACAAUUAGUUCAACAUUUUGUCAAGACUGCGCUCAAGACUUGGAAGACUUACAGGGGGAAAGAAAAAAAAACAUUUUUUUGUUACUGAAUGUCAGUGUAAUUUUAAUGGUUCGAUACCAAGUGCGGUUCUUAGGGUUUUCUGAUUGUAAACUGGUUCCAGGAGGAAUCGUGCUGCCUCUUUCUCCGGCGUUGUUGUGAAUUGAUCCAACAUGGCGACCGUACCCGUUUAUUGCAUCUGCAGAUUACCGUACGACGUGACCCGGUUUAUGAUUGAAUGUGACGCCUGCAAGGACUGGUUCCACGGCAGCUGUGUUGGGGUGGAUGAGGAUGAGGCUGCUGAUAUUGAUAUCUACCACUGUCCCAACUGUGAGACUCUGCAUGGCAAGUCCACCUUGAAGAAGAAAAAGACCUGGAAUAAACAGGACACUGGACAAAGCGGAGAUGUCAAACCAGUUCAGAAUGGCAGUCAGGUUUUCAUAAAGGAGCUCCGAAGCAGAACCUUUCCAAGUUCUGAUGAUGUGGUUGUGAAGCUGAGUGGAAGUCAGCUAACCUAUGACUAUCUGGAGGAGAAUGGGUUUACCGAACCGAUAUUGGUUGCAAAGAAAGAUGGACUCGGGCUGUCGAUGCCAGCUCCGACGUUCUACAUCAGUGAUGUAGAAAACUAUGUAGGUCCAGAGUUUGUUGUGGAUGUUGUCGAUGUCACCAAACAGACAGACAACCAGAUGAAACUUAAGGAGUUUGUUGAUUACUACUACAGCACAAACCGGAAGCGAGUAUUAAACGUGAUCAAUUUGGAAUUUUCAGAAACAAGAAUGGCAAGCUUUGUGGAAAGUCCACAAAUUGUCCGGAAGCUUUCUUGGGUUGAGAACUACUGGCCAAAUGAUGCACUUCUGGGCAAACCUAAAGUGACCAAGUACUGUUUGAUGUGCGUGAAGGACAGUUACACUGACUUCCACAUAGAGUGUGGCGGGGCAUCUGUCUGGUACCAUGUCCUCAAAGGCGAGAAGAUCUUCUUCUUGAUCAAGCCCACCUCUGCCAACUUGUCUUUAUAUGAACGCUGGAGGUCUUCAUCCAGUUACAGUGAGAUGUUCUUUGCGGACCAAGUGGACAAAUGCUACAAAUGCAUUCUGAAGCAGGGCCAGACUCUUUUCAUACCGUCAGGGUGGAUUAAUGCAAUUCUGGCCCCUGUAGAUUGUCUAGCCUUCUCAGGCCACUUUGUCCACAACCUCAGUGUAGAGAUGCAAAUGAGAGCAUAUGAAGUGGAGAAGCGACUGAAGGUGGCCAGCCUAACUCCAUUCCCAAACUUUGAGACUGCCUGCUGGUAUGUGGGGCGCCAUCUGCUGGAGAGAUUCAAAGGCUUGCACAAAGCUAAUAAGCAACCAGCUCCGUACCUGAUUCUUGGUGCCAAAAUUCUCAAUGCGGCCUUCAGAUCAUGGACUAGAAAGCUGGCUCUUCUUGAACAUGAGGAUGAACUUCCAGAGAAUAUGAAGCCGACUCAGCUUAUCAAAGACCUUGCCAAAGAGAUCAGGUUAUCAGAGAAUGCAAUGAAAGGCACCAAGGAAGACCCUGUUGCCAACACAUCCAUGGAGGAGCCCCCUGCCCCACCAGCUGAACCAGAGGAGCCCUUAUCUCCUGCCCAUGUUCCCUCACCUCCCAGGGAGAAGCUGCCCAGGAAGAAGGGGACCAAAAUGGCCAAACCCCCAAAACCACCAAAGCUUCCAAAGGCUCCCAAACCUCCAAAGAUUCCCAAAGUAAAGGAUGAAGGGAAGAAAAAAGGGAAGAAGAUGAAAGAGGGUGCGAGUUUGACCAAAAUACCCAGCUCACCUUGCCAGGAGUCAAAUGAAGAAGAGUUUCUCGACAAAGAGAAGGCAGAUUUUUGUAUCCUCAAUGAACAGGCUGUAAAGAAUGGAUCAGAAUCUACGGGGAGAGACAGUUUGAGUAAGAAAGAUAAUGUGCAAAGUGUGUCUGAAAUGCGAGAGCAGAACAAGAACAAAACGGAAGCAAAAUGGAAAUACAAGAACAGUAAACCAGAUUCCUUGCUGAAAAUGGAGGAACACAAGAAGUCACUUUUGUCAGGAAAUAAAGACAAAUAUGGUUUUUCAUUUUCAAAUAAAAAAAUGUUAAGCUGUAAAAGCCUGAAAACUCAGACUAGCACAUCUGAGUUUGGGUCCUUGCAUGACUUCAAGGAAGGCAAAGUCAAGCCAGUACGAGACGAGUAUGAGUAUGUCUCAGAUGAGGGAGAGCUGAAGAUCGAUAUUUUCCCCAUGAGGAGGAAAAAGAGCCCCACCAAAAGGCCGUUAUCCCUUUUAACAGAUGUCAAAGAACAUAUUCAACCGUCUAAAAAGCCAAAGAUUCAGAAGAAAAUUGACAAGCCAGAUGACUCGUCAGACGAUGAAUCACUCCACAUAGACAUAAAAGGCAAAGCCCAGGUCAAAGGUCGAGUCUCAAAGGUCAAGAAGGAAAGUAGCACUGCAGCAGGGAUUCUGGAUCUUUUGCAGGCAAGCAAGCAAGUAGGCGGAGUGGAUUACAAUGCAGACAGUCAGCCACCUGCAUCGCCCAGCACGCAGGAGGCUAUCCAGGGCAUGCUGUCCAUGGCCAACCUGUCGUCUUCGGACAGCUGCCCACAACCAACGUGGAACAACAAUCAUUCCAAAGGAAACUUGCAUGACACAUUGUUAGGCAAGAAGCUGGGAAGUAGUAGUGGUGGCAAUAACAAAGGUCCGGCCAAGCGACUCCUGAAGAAGACGCUGAGGAGGAGCAGCAGCCUGGAGAGUCAGGAGAUGUAUGAUGAUGAGCAAGACCACAUGGAUGCCUGCUUCAAGGACUCUGACUAUGUUUACCCCUCUUUGGAGUCCGAAGAUGACAAUCCUAUUUUCAAGCCUAGAUCAAAGAAAAGGAAAAGUUCGGAUGAUAUUCCUUACAGCCCAACAGCUAGAGUGGGCCCUUCGGCCCCUCGACUGGACAGGCCGGUUCGGGAAGGGGCCCGGGUGGCUUCCAUAGAGACGGGACUGGCGGCGGCAGCAGCCAAGCUCUCCCACCAGGAGGAACAGAAGAACAAGAAGAAGAAGACCUCAAAGAAAAAGACACCACCGUUGGUGGAACCCGGGAAGGUUUCCCAGGAGUGCUGCUUCCCUGAGCCUCAGCUGGACUCUCACGGCAGUAGCCUGACAGACCAUGAGUACACGACCGGCACAGGCAAAGUGCAGGGAGGGCCUCAGCCCAUGGCUCCAGGGGUGUUCCUCACGCAGAGGCUUCCCUCCACAUCGUCUCAGAACCGGACCUCUGCCAAGGGGGAAUGUGCUGUCAUACCAGAAGCUAAAGGCAAAAAGCUAAAGAAAGGAAUGGCUACAGCCAAGCAGAGACUGGGGAAGAUUUUAAAGAUCCAUCGAAAUGGAAAACUCCUUCUGUAAAACAGACUGAGGAAAUCAGACCUCGCUGUGAUAUGCGUGGUUCACAUGCUAGAAUUGAGCUGCAUUCAUUAACAUUAGGAACAUCAAGAGGGAUUCGCAACAUUGGCAAUGGACGGGGUCCCUAACAUAUAUUUUUGAUUUGAAAAAGAUUACAGCAUAUACACAUUUUUGCCUCAGUUUAUCCUUCAUAAUCUUUUGAACAGAAAAUGUAUAGAAUAUCUGAUAUACAUAUUUUUAAUAAAGGUAUAUCUACCAUACUUUGCUUAAAAAAGCAAAACAACAAAAAAUACGAACCCCACGAUUAUUCCCACCCCUAGGGGUAAUAUUUAGUGGUAACGUCAUACACUCCCUUUUGAUUCAUUUUUUUUCCCAGUUAUCCCAUUCUGAUACCGAUUCUGAUCUUUAUUUCAUUGUUCUGCAUGAUGUUUCACAAAUGGCUGUAGUGGUAACGGUUGCUGAGAAGUCUAGCUAUCUGAGUGUUGUGUGAAUAUGGCAUUUCAUAGCAUAUCUCUCAGAAAGGGUUUCCUGUUGUCCCUUCAGUUUAUCGCCAACAAAGAAAAUUUCGUUGCCAAUUCCAAAGCCACAUGAUGGAUUCGAAGUCUGUGGUCAUUAACACAGCAAUGGACAACAUUGAUUGCCCAAAUACAGCUACCGAAUCUGAUGUUAAAAAUUUGUAAGAUGAAAAAUCUUGGUAUUUAUGAAGAAAAGCAUUUAUUAAUUUUGGUGCAAGAAUAAUCUACAGGGCAAUUUUUUGUACAUAUGAAUGUAUUUAUUAGGUAUUUAUUAAAUUUAGAUUUUAAAAAAUAUAUAUAAAUAUAUUUAUUUUUUUCUCUUAAACAUAAAAUGUAUGUAAACUUUUCCCACUUGAAACAUCAUUAGUAUUUUAGGACAUUUUUAAUUCUGUUUUUGAUGUUUUAUUUUCUAGUAGCGAUUUACUAGUAGUCAAGUAUAUCUGACCCACAUUUAGAAGCAGAAUAAGUAAGCAAAAUGGGUCAGACCACUUUUUUAUGUAUUUCCUAGAAUAAAGUUAUAUGCUUUCAAUGGUGCUGCCAUAUUGAAUGUGUUCCCCUGGGACCAGCAGGUUUACCUGGGCAUAGAUAUCUGUACUUGCAUAGAAAUACUAGCACAAUCGAAUGGCAGUUUGCAGAGGGGGAGUCCCACGUCUGUAUAAACACUACGUUGAACCUAAAGUCCAUCUGAUCCUUCCAUUGUUCUGGGUUUCACAGCCUCAAGUGGAACUUUCUGCCCCAAGUUUAUUUCUCAGGCAGCUUUGGAGCGCAGAUGUCAUCGGAAAUAUGCAUUUAUAUGACGUUCUAAUGAAAAUAAUACAUGCCUGGAAUGUAGCUUGUAUAUAGCGUUUUAAAACGACCUUUUGUAACAUUUUCCCUUUUCUUAAGUAUACAUUUUUAUGAAUUUUUUUGAUAAUUGUAAAUAAAAAUUUACAAUGGCACAGAUAAUGGUAUACUUUUUCAGUGAAUUAGAUGGUGCCCUUUUUUGUUUGCUUGUUCGCAGACGUGUUGUUUGAAAAAUAACAUGACUGACUAUGGCCCACACAAGGUAACUUGGACAAAUGUAGUAUUACAUGGGGAAGUUGGUGGGAAACUGAAAUGGUCAAAAUCAAAAAUGUCUUUUUGUAACCAGCUUCUUGUUGCAGUAAAACAGCAGAAUCAAAUGGUUUUACUCGCACCUUGUGAAAUUGCCUUUCAGUGUUUUGUAUUUUAUAUUUGUACAUUUCUUAAGAGCCUUUUUUAAAGGUAUUUAAUCAGCCACUGAAAGUUCUUAUUUAGCAAUCCUAAAUUAACAUUGGCUUCUGUCAUUUAAAUUUAAUCUUUGUAUUUAAUCUUUGUUUCAUUGUAACUCCUUCACUGUGUGUGUCAGGACUGCUGUUGACAUCACUGCAUAUCUGAAUGUCAUCACUUGCUUCACAACUGUGUAGGUAUAACCAUCGACUGUGCUUUUUGUUUUUUUGUGACUCAGUAUGCACAAUUUUUACAGUUUACUGUAGUUACCCAUCCCUGUGUGUUGCUUACCUAUAAAAGUCAUGUGACUCCUAUGUAUUCAGGUACAGACUGCUUCUGUAAUUAUUUAACUAUUCUAGACUUCAUUUGACAAAUGUGUGAUGUGGUGGCUUACUUUUAAAGAUGUUCCCAUCAUUAAAUAUGUGCUCUGCAUUGCAGCAGUGUAAGGUACCUUUGUGGUCACCUUCCUUUACUAAUGAA